CGUAUGCUUCAACAGCAGCAACAUUAAUGGGAAAACAACAACUCUCACUGAUGAUCAUUAUAAGACAAUUCAAGGUGGCUGUGAAGAAGAUGAAGUUUCUGUUAGCUCUGUACAGGCGAGUUCAUUCAAGAGUGGGACGUGGUACGAGCUCAAAGUUAUUACAGAGAUGGCAAAGCUUCCCUGGUAGAGGAGUCAUGGCGUUCCAUGAUUCUGAAAGCAGCAGAGGAGGAAGGAAGAGGAGUUACUAUUACGGGCAGGAGGAAGACGACGAAGAUGAUAUCAACGAAAGGGCAGAGAGUUUCAUUGCUAACUUCCGUCAUCAGCUAAGGCUGGAGACACAAAUGGAGCUAACGUGCUGCUCAAGUCCUCGCUUUGAGGAUGAAUGAUUCAAUUUCUAGUCAUAUCUGUUGUUCUUGUUGGAUUUGUGUGUAUUUAGAAGCUGAAAAUUUUUGUUUUCUAGUAGGGUGGUUAUAAUUAAAUCGUGGUUGUAUCGCUAAUGCUAAAUAACAUACACA